AUGGUCAAGAAGAAAGGAAAAUCCAAACGAUUAUCUCUACAUAAGAAGUACAAGAUUGCUCGUAAAGUGCGUGAACAUAAGCGACAGGAACGCAAGUCGGAUAAGCUCAAUCAACAUAAGAAGAAAAAAGAUUCAGGGAUUCCCAAUAAUUGGCCGUUUAAAGAAGAAUUAUUGCUACAGGUAGAGCAAUCACGAUUGGCAGAGAUUGAAGCGCAACGUCAAGCUCAACAACAACGGAAAGAGGACAAGAAGAAGGCGAAACUGCAGACUAGACUUGAACGAAACAAGGCCGUGGCACCCGUGACUCCAUUAAGUGUCGAGUUACAGGCUAAAAAGGACCUUAAACAUGCUGUACAAGCGGCAGAUGUAGUGCUCAUUGUGCUGGAUGCACGUGACCCACAGGGUUCUCGUUCGCUCUCGCUCGAGGACGGUCUGGUGGCCAAAGGACACAAGAAGGUCGUUCUUGUACUCAAUAAAGUGGACCUUGUAUCAGCUCAUACGGCACAGAAAUGGGUCACUUAUCUACGUCGCUUCCACCCGACGAUUCCUGUGCGUGCGUUAAACGCCAAAAUGUCGGACAGCUCCAAGAAAACCAGACAGGAGAAGGGUCAUAAAGCGCUCUAUGACCGACAGCAGGAGAUUAGCGGCAUGCGUGACAAUGGAGAGGUGCAGCCAUUGCGUGUGUUUUUAAAUGAACUGGCUAACAGCGUGGAUAAACCCAUUAGUGUGGCUGUCGUCGGGUACCCGAACGUAGGCAAGAGCACACUCAUCAACUCGAUCAAGCGGCGCCAGAUGGCCAACGUGUCGAGCAACCCGCAGUCUACUAAGACUGCACAGGAAGUGCAUUACGGCGAGAAGAUUAUGCUGGUGGAUUGUCCUGCACUGGACCCGGACUACAGCGACGAAUCGGCUGCCAUCCUGCGUCAUGGAAUUGCUGGAGUUUUUGUGGAAGAUCCCGUGCCCGUUGUGAAGAGCAUUGUUGAGCGGGGAGAUGCCGUGAACCUCAUGCAGACGCUCCAGGUCCCCGUGUUCCGGAAUCACGAAGAGUUUCUUACCAAGCUUGCCAUCAAGCAAAACAUGCUCCGCAAGGGCGGCGAACCGGACAUUCUCAUGGUGGCACGGACGUUCUUGCAGAAUAUGGGCAAGGGUGUGUACAGCCCUUCGUGUCUGCCGCCGGCCAAGUCCAAGUCGCGGUUUGAGGUGCCCACCUGGUACAAGAAGCUGGAUCUUGCUACGCUCCCUGAUGCCGAAACGCUGCUGUACAGCUCCAAUGCGACUGGCCACAAGCGCGUGCUCCUCUUCAAAGCAGCUCCUGUCUCACAUGCUGUCGGAGAAACCACAGAAUACGACCUUGUUAUGGGAGAGCUACCGGAAAACGACGGUCUUACAUCAGAAGAGGAAGAUGAGGAUGGCGACGCUGAUAUGGAAGAGGAGGAAGAAAAAAUGAAGGAUGGCGAGGAAUAA